AAAACAAGGGGAUCUUAUUCUUGUGUUGGUCGAGGAAAAACGCCAUUAAAUCUGGUAUAUCGGUUCAUACCAACAGCAAAAUGGAUGAAUCGAGUCUUGAUACGUUGCAAAGUGGUUCGGAGGACGAUAUUUGCAAAAUUCUGGCUGAAUUUGCAGCAAAGAAUGCUCAGACGUUCUCAUUCCCAACUUUGGAUAAGAGCACCAAGCAGAAAAUGGUCGACAGUUGUCUUCUACGGCUGCAGCAGAAGGCGUCGUCCCGAUGUUACGCAUCGUGCCUCGAGACUUUACGCAUACUCAGUCGCGAAAAAUCAGGGUUAGAGAUGCUCGCCUGUGAAAGCUCGUUAAAAAUCUUACUCAAGCAUUCUGGGAUUGAAACUUAUGCAUCGGAGCAAGGCGAGAAUAUUACCGUGCAAGGCGGAAAUAACAAAGUUAUCAUUGAAGCGCAGAAGUCAUUAUGUAACAUCAUCUACAACAGCCCCGUUGCGCAGAGAAUUUGCACGAAAAAUGGCUGCAUUGAAGGAAUCGUACAGAGAUUGAAAACAUACAAGGACCCGGAUCUCGAUGCUGAUGUGAAGUACUUUGAUAUGAAGAUCCUUUUCCUUCUGACGGCCCUGUGUGCGGAGAUCAGACCGGUGUUACGAUUCGAGCUACACGGCUUCACAUACCUCAUCGAGGUUCUCGACCUGUGUCUGAAGGAAGAGGACAUACCGAAGUCCACGCUCAGCGACAGAGAUGCUGACCUCUCAUGCGAGGUCCUCAAAGUUCUGUUCAAUCUGACGGUCGCGGUCGACAAGAAUAGUCUCGACGAGGAAGAGGAGGCCCAUUUUAUGCGUCUGGUUAGCGUGUUACAUGAUCUGCUUCUGAUCGAGACGGCCACAAAAGAUAAGAAAGAAGAGGUGGAGAGUCACACGGUGAAUCUCCUGACGAAUAUGCCGCGCGAUUGUUACGAGGAGUUACUCACGCCGCUCACAGAGGGCGCUGUGAGUGCCAUGGAUAACAAAGAGGUGGAAUAUGAUGGAAAAAACAUGGAGGCCAUCGUUGUAUUGUUAGAAUUCCUAAACAACAGAUUAGACACACCGCAGAAGAACAAGAAGGAGAGCCUGACGCCCAUCCUACACUGCCUAUGCGAGACGUGUCGAGCCAAUAGGUGUAUUAGGAAGUUCUGUCGGAGUAAAGUGCUGCCACCUUUACGUAGUGAGGUGAAACGACUGCCAGAGGAGGGCCACACGCUAAGAAAUAAGUUAUGUAAAUUAUUGACCAAUCCUAUUCAAGAAGUCAAAGAACUCGUCGCUGAUUUUCUAUUUGUGAUGUGCAAAGAAAAUGUGAAUCGUAUGGUGAAGUACACAGGUUAUGGCAAUGCAGCUGGUCUGCUGGCCAGUCGAGGGUUAAUGUGCGGAGGCAAACCAACCACUGCGCAGGAUUAUUCGAGCGACUCGGAGGAUUCCGACACGGAAGAGUACGGGUGGUUAAGGGACCAAUGUCCCGAUUCCAGAGUGAAUCCUGUGACGGGCCGCUGGGAGCAGGAUAAGCCCAAUCCACUUGAGGGAAUGUCCGAGGAACAGAAGGAAUAUGAGGCCAUGGAACUAGUCAACAUGAUGGAUAAACUCUGCAAGACAGGCAUCAUUCAGCCGAGCAUGAUCGGCCCCGAUGGCAAACCUCAUCCGAUCGAACAUGUCUUUGAGUUGGCGGAGAAUGCGCCAGCGCCGCCAGCUGCCCCACCUGGUGGUGAUGAAGACGAACUAGACUCCGACUGAGAUGGAAAACAAUCUCUUGAACCGAAAUCAGAAUAUCCCGGGAACAAGUCGAUUUCAUAUUUCGUCUGCAGUAGGAAAAAUUACUUCUUGGACUCAUACGUCAGAAUCUUGAAUAUUCGGCGAAAAACGCAUCAGAUUAAAUUGGAAUAUAUUCUCAUAAACUUUAAUCAGGAGGCAUAAAUCCAACUGGCUGAAAACAAACUACAGUUUGACCUCUCUAUUACGAACACCUUUUGGACUGCCCAAUUAGGUCCUUGAUAGAGAGGUGUUCUGAAUAUUGAGGUCAAUUUGGAUGGAAAUGACAGCGUCGGGACGAAUAUGUGUCCUUUAGAGAGUGUGUUUCUUAAUAGAGAGGUGACCUCUGUACUUCAUGGAGAGUGUACUUAGUAGAGAGGUGUCCACUAAGAGAGGUUUCACCGAACAUCUGUCCUGGGAGACAAAAGCAGGGUCGGAACCAGGAUUAUCAAAGAGUCGCCAAAUAAGACUAUCAGUCAGGAUUUGAUGGAAAUAUUUAUUGGCCCAAAAGGAAUAUUUCAUUUAAUAUGUUUCUUUGCAUAAGGGGUAUUCCCCUGGAUCAUACUGGAUUAACAAAGAUUCUGCUAACCUGAGAUCAAGAUCAGUAAAGACUAGUCUAUAUCCAUUCUUUGUGGGAUGUAUAUUUCAACAUGGAUAUGGUUGGUGCGAUCUCUGCGUGAAAAUUGUGUGGAUUGAAAAUCUAAAAAAUGGAUGAACUGGUAGUACUAUUCUUACCUUGCGUAUGUGCAAAAUUUGACAUAUCAAAAUUGUGUGCUGGUUGGUUAUGCAACCAAUAAAUAUCAAGAGCGAGUGUGGAUUACUGACUUUCUUUAUCGAAUGAUCAAACAGUCUAAAAUCCUUUGGUAUCACAAGUUAUCAUUUCAAAAGAAAAAUCAUCAGCCUUUUUCUGAGUGCCGAGGGUAUUGGUCAGCCAACAAGACUGUGCGCUUGGCGUGUCCGCCAUCUUGUUUUGCGAGAUAAAGGUUUCAGGAGCGCUACCGCAGGUAAUCGGCAAGAUGUAUCAGCAACGACAUACCGAUGACUUUCUGCGCGCUAAAGUUACAAUCAAGAUGCACGCUAGACAGUCUGUUUUUGGUAACAAAGUCGGCUGUCCUAGAGGGUUCUGCCACAGAGCCCCAGAGCUUUGCCACAGAGCCCCAGAGCUUUGCCACAGAGCCACAGAGCCCAAGAGCUUUGUGGACAGGGUAAUGUCCUUUGGCCGGUAUUCCUCUAUUCUCAUUAGGGAGCAGGUCUGAAGCCACCGAGCCCCAGAGCUUUGCCACAGAGCCACAGAGCCCCAGAGCUUUGUGGUCAGGGUGGUGUCCUCUGGCCGGUAUUCCUCUCUAUUCUCAUUAGGGAGCAGGUCUGAAGCCACAGAGCCCCAGGGCUUUGUGGUCAGGGUGGCGUCCUUUGGCCAGUAUUCCUCUCUAUCCUUCAUUAGGGAGCAGGUCUGAAGCCACAGAGCCCCAGGGCUGUGUGAUCAGGGUGAUGUCCUUUGGCCAACAUUCCUCUCUAUUCUUCAUUAGGGAGCAGGUCUGAAGCCACAGAGCCCCAGAGCUUUGUGAUCAGGGUGAUGUCCCUAGGCUAGUAUUCCUCUCUAUCCUUCAUUAGGGAGCAGUUCUGAAGCCACAGAGCCCCAGAGCUUUGUGAUCAGGGUGAUGUCCCUAGGCCAGUAUUCCUCUCUAUUCUUCAUUAGGGAGCAGUUCUGAAGCCACAGAGCCCCAGAGCUUUGUGAUCAGGGUGAUGUCCCUAGGCCAGUAUUCCUCUCUAUUCUCAUUAGGGAGCAAAUCUGAUAUCUGAAGUUCCAAAUUCUUAAUAGUCCUUUAAGUUUAAUUCUUUAUGAUAUGAGUAUCAGUUAAUGAAAGUGACUGAGCCAUUGGGUGAUAUGAAAAAAGUCAAGUAAAUGCUUUUACUUUGGUUGUGUACAGGAAGGCCUAGUGUAAAUCUACAUGCAGUUUUAAGUAAAAGCAUUUACUAGGCUUUAUUCACAUCAUCCAAUGCUUGUGCUUGUACAUAAAAAACUAUAAAGUCAAUGUCUAAUUUUUCGGCUGUUGAUUUGGUAUAAGAAUUCUCAUAGGGUGCUGUGUGUUAGUGUGAGGGGGGUCUUUGGGCUUAAAGUGUGCAUAAAUCGGUGUGUUUGGGAACAGUAAAUCUAAAUGCUGUCCGCUUGAAAGUCUGUUCUGCCCAUUUUUGUGCCUUUUCCGGAUUCCGGAAAGGGUUAAAGGUGUGUUCAUGUACAUACGUGUGCUUAUGCACUGACUUUUUAAAGGCCCAUAAGGGGCAUACUUGCCAAACGUGGAGAUUUAUGGUGCGUCAUGCAUUUAUCAAAUGUUGUGUGUCAAUGUAUUGCCUAUUGGUAGAAAUAGAAUUAGAAUUUUGUGAUACGAUGUAUCUUUAACAGCUGACUAAAGUGAAAGCUUUAUAUUUCUAUCUCGCAAGAUCUAAGUUAAAAGUGCAGCGCGAACGAGUGAUUUUUGAUGCUGCGACCUGCGACAAUUAUAUGAGCGAGAAAUGAUCGCUUGUCUGCUGGUAAAACGGAUAAUUGCAUAGUUUGAUAUUGAUUGUCGGUCGCAGCGAUCACUGAGUCUUGUCACAGGUGUCAGCAAGGACCACCGCAAACCGGCAAUUUCUGUCACACACGGUCGUGAUCGCAGGUCGCAGUGAACAAUAAUCGCUCGUGUGCGGAGCACUUCACCAGAGUCUCAUCAGCAUGUGCAGUUACGAGUUACUGCUACAGCUUUCAGAUACUCUAGUUUCACCGAUAUGAGACCUUAACUGGAAAGUGCGUCAUAGUUUAUCGUAUUAUGACGUCAUCAAACUUGUACUUCUGCCAUCAUCGUGUCGUGCGUCCUGACGCUGGGGACCAAAAUACUGAUCCAUUAUAGUGAAGUACGACUAAAAUCAUGUAAAUAAGCUGUUAAAAUCGUGAGAAGUAUAGAAAUUUGCGCAAAAAUAGGUUUAAUUUACACUCUAUUUCUAAUCAUAUUAUACAUAAAUUAGUUGCUUAAUCUGAUCUUUUCUCUCUAAUAAUGCAUUUACAUUAUUUUUAUUGUAUUAUUACUCAUUGUACAUAAUGAGAGAGCGUUGAAUGCUUUUCGUGUUGAACAAUAGAUUUAGUUGUAGAAUUGAAUUUGAAAGUACAGUAGAACCUCUCUAUUAAGGACACCCUCGGGACUGACAAAUGCUGUCCUUAAUAGAGAGGUGUCCUGAUUAGAGAGGUCAAAUUGAAUGGAAACAACCAAUUUGGAACAAAUACUAGUGUCCUUGAUAGAGAGGUUGUCCUUGAUAGAGAGGUGUCCGCUAAGGGAGGUUCCACUAUAAUGCACUGAGUGUGUAAAUGGACAUGUGUACCAUGGCAAAGUAGUUAUAGACUGCCUGGGGCAGUGUGUAUUACUGCGCCUUAAUUCGAUUAGAAAUCUCUAGAAGAUUAAACUCUUCCCAGCCUGGGUUGAGACAUUUCCAAUUUUUGGUAGAUUGCUGUUUUUCCCCUCCUCAAAAGGGCGUAAUUUCAGAGCUGCCAUGAAAUUAUCUAAUCGUCAGCUUUCUGUAAAACUUUGAAUUUUCAAAAUCGGGCGAAAAAUAACCCCACAUUUUGCUUGUUGAGUUAGGACAGUUUUGAGUACAGCAAAUACCUCACAUACUUUUUUAGGUGAGUUAAGUUUUAAUACCAAAGGCCAUAUUACUUACACGGAAGCCAUGAAGUCAUGCUUUAGAGGCCAUGAAGAUGACAUCACUGCAAAAGACGACAUUCUGGAUGUCAAAUUUAUGGUGCUUUUUACUCUCUUAAUACCAUUGUUACUGUGAUCUAGCUGACAGAACUAAAAUCCGUCAAGAAUUAAGAAAACUAGAGCCGAUUACCUAUGAUAGAUCAUUGCUGAUGAUCUCCCCGUGUUUAGGGGUGACAUCUACUGUCUAAUUAUGAAACCAAAAGAAUUACUGUUGUGCGGGGAUGCGUAGUUUCUCAGGCCAAUGUAAGAUGGAGCUCAUAUAAGCCGGUUUCAGGCCGCUAUAGUGACCCGCCGGGUCCUGAGGGUUAAAAUGUACAAUUGACUGAUGAAUGAGUGAGCGCUUAUGUACGGUAGUUGUACAUAUCAUAAUUUUUCUCAGACCAUUUUUGUAUGGAUUUUACCGUACCUCUAUAAACACAGUUCAUUCUGCUUUGUUAUAAGGAGAUCAAGUAAGGUAAAGGGUUGACCAGAGGCACCAUCGUUUUGGCUGGAAUUGAAAUCCUAUAGCAAUUAGAAAUCUUUCAAGAGGCAAUCUACUCCAGCGGCUGGAGCUAGCAAGAAACUUGUGCUACCAGACCCAAGGUAGGCCUCAGUCAAAUCCAUCCCAUGUCCGUCACCGAUUUCCCCCCAAAAACCUCUUCUUACCAACCCAAUUUCAAGGGUGGGAGGCUGUUCUAUAGAAAACUAAGAACUGACUCCCACGCUUGAAAUUGGCAUUCACUUCACUUGAAGGAGUUCUGAUUGCUUUAGGAUUUCAAGUUCUAACCAAAAUUGUGGUGUCUAUGAUCAACCCUUAAACUAUACCUGAUAGAAAAAGGUAUGUGUUGUGUGCAGUGUAUUCUAGAUUUCUAUUUAUUCUAUUUACCAUGUUUUGCUUCUUCAGGUCCUUCCCAGCAGGAUUGUUGCUUUGAUAUCUCCCGCACGGCGAUGCACAGUUUAGGUCAUGGGCCAAAUCCAAAGCUGUCCUUCAUGACAACAUUUCAGGGGCAGGGUGAAAAUAUCUCACACAUGGGGAGGCACAUAGCUCGUGGUGCUGGGUGGCAGCAAUGUCAAAUCUUCCACCCAGCAAACUGUGCAUCUUUUCCUACCAUACCCGGUAUUUACCGGGCCCGUACACUGCAUACUACUGGCGCCGUACGGCUAAAUCCGUACUGCACAUUCACCCGUCACUAAAGUGUCGUUACACAGUUCCUGACAGCCGUCACUAAUGUGUCAUUACACAAUUCCUGACAGCCGUCACUAAUGUGUCAUUACACAAUUCCUGACAGCCGUCACUAAUGUGUCAUUACACAAUUCCUGACAGCCGUCACUAAUGUGUCAUUACACAAUUCCUGACCGCCAUCACUAAUGUGUUGUUACACAGUUCCUGACAGCCGUCACUGAUGUGUCAUUACACAGUUCCUGACAGCCGUCACUAAUGUGUCAUUACACAGUUCCUGACAGCCGUCACUAAUGUGUCAUUACACAAUUCCUGACAGCCGUCACUAAUGUUUCAUUACACAAUUCCUGACCGCCGUCACUAAUGUGUCAUUACACAAUUCCUGACAGCCGUCACUAAUGUGUCAUUACACAAUUCCUGACCGCCAUCACUAAUGUGUUGUUACACAGUUCCUGACAGCCGUCACUAAUGUGUCGUUACACAAUUCCUGACAGCCGUCACUAAUGUGUCGUUACACAAUUCCUGACAGCUGUCACUAAUGUGUCGUUACACAAUUCCUGACAGCCGUCACUAAUGUGUCAUUACACAGUUCCUGACAGCCGUCACUAAUGUGUCGUUACACAAUUCCUGACAGCCGUCACUAAUGUGUCAUUACACAGUUCCUGACAGCCGUCACUAAUGUGUCGUUACCCAAUUCCUGACAGCCGUCACUAAUGUGUCAUUGCACAAUUCCUGACAGCCGUCACUAAUGUGCCAUUACACAAUUCCUGACAGCCGUCACUAAAGUGUCAUUACACAAUUCCUGACAGCCGUCACUAAUGUGUCAUUACACAAUUCCUGACAGCCGUCACUAAUGUGUCAUUACACAACUCCUGACAGCCGUCACUAAUGUGUCAUUACACAAUUCCUGACAGCCGUCACUAAUGUGCUGCUACGCCACUCCUGACAGCCGUAACUAAUGUGGAGUUUCACCUCAGAGUCGUCACUUAUGUAUACAGUAAAACCUCUCUUAUUAAGGACACCUUCGGAACUGACAAGUGCUGUCCUUAGUAGAGAGGUGUCCUGAUAAGAGAGGACAAAUCGAAUGGAAACAACCAAUUGGGACCAAAACUAGUGUCCUUAAUAGAGAGGGUGUCCUUAAUAGAGAGGUGUCUAAGGGAGGUUCUACUGUAGUUACACAUUCUUGUGUAGAGAACUGCUUGUUUACAUUCGACAUCUCGUAUGAAUGAAUCGGACCAACGCGUCCAUGCAAUGGUUGUUUCUCGUUGAUUGUAAUAUAUACAAAGUCAUCUAAUUUUAGCAUCGGGUUGUACAGAAUAUGGUAAUUAAAGAGCCAGCUAUUUAAGCACA